AUGUUCUCCCAGAUUCUGGAUCGUUCCAAGUCUCUGAUGCAAGGUUGCGCGAGUUCAACUCUGGUAUCGACUUUGUCUCACGUCGCGAUCUUCGCUGCCACAGCUGGAGUCGGCAAGGCAUCUAGUCUGACGGCCGAAACAGUCUCACCCAUCGUCUCAAAGCAUCUCAUCGCUGUUGCGAACAAGAUGUUUGAUCACCGUACUAGUGUCGUUGCUGCAUCAAAGGACAAAGAUCAGGAUCGAAAACUCUCCUACAUCGGAGGCCUGAACAAGCAAACCAUCAGCAGACAGACUGGUGAAGAAUGGUUCGCCCUCAUCCAACAGAGACAAUCCACAACUUGGCUCACCAAGAUGUCCUCGCCUAUCAACCCUACUUCCAAUGCAUAUCAGUCAUACGCAAACUCAGCAUCAAACACGACAAAGAUGAUUUCGGGUCCUCCGCGAUCUGUCUCUGUCUCUCGAAGACCAUCGAUAUUUUGGAACGAGGACCCGAGUGCAUUUAAAUAUGACCUUGAUUAUUACACAAUGUACUCCCUUCUACCUUCGCAACAUUUACCAGCUUGGGAUCACUAUCAUCUGCGUGUCGAGGGCUUGAAAGCAGCCUCAAUGCUUGUUCCGCAUUAUCUACCCCCUGCCUACCGUGGCGGUGUUGGCCGCCUUGCGGAGAAUGUUCUUUUCAUGGGACUGCCGAAAUUCAAGGCAGAAGAGCAAAAGUGCAAGCAUUGCAAGAAGAAGCUGCCAUCUUCGAACCAGCUAGUUGUUGCAUUUGAACACAGAAACAGCGGUUUGUGCAUGACUGUCAGGCCUAUAACACCAAAGCCACCAAAGGACAAGAGAAAGAUUAGCGAUUAG